CCACUUUUUCGUUGCUACCGGUAUCACCGAAAGUUCCGUCGGUUGAUGCUUUCGUAGAGGAGGACGAUAUUCUCACCAAGACCUUUUUCCAUCAAUAACAACUAUCACGGAGUCAUGAUGUUCUUUGAAAGCACUCGUUCAAAAAGAGCACUCGUGUGGUUGAAGGUUUUCUGAUGAUUUUUUUAGUCGAUCGAUCGAUUGAAGAUAACCUCUUACGCAUCAAAACUUCCCGAAGAUUGUAACAAAGCAAUCGAUUGCAUCGGCCGCAUCCUUGAGACUCCUCAAAUGUCAAAUUGAACCAUGGUGGAUAUCUAUUUGAAAGCACCGGGAAUGAAGAGGAAGAUACGGGAGACAAGAGGGAGAUUAUACCAAAGAAUCGUCGCCCGAAAACGACCUCGUUACCUGACAUCAUGGGAAGAAUCCUUUCGACGAAUGCCCUGCUCGAAAGGGACUUUUCAUAGUAAAAAUGACAGCUGUGACUCCACGAAGCAGCAUUGGUUUGGUCUCGUUGAUUUGUUUGGUGGAAAUCGAUGGGCGUGCCCACCAGGAGAAGCUUCGUCCUUCGAGAAGAAUACUAUACACAASACGAAUUUUGCUAUCGGCAAGAGCAAGCGAGCAGGACAGCCCUCAAACAACGGAGGGCAUCCUUCACCAAAAACAAACAUGCCUUCCAAAUUUUUCACUCUGCGAAUGGAACACAGGCAGGGUGGCGCGGCUGCAAAACACGUCGGAGAAGAACGAUUCUUGCUCUUCCGAUCCGACCAGGCCGGCGCCAUUGCCAAAGUCGUCUUUUCCUCGAGCCCGGUAACAAUCGGCGAUUCGGAAGAUGCCUCGACGAAAAUGCCAAAAGCUCAAACCUGCAAAAACCCAGACGAAGAGAUUUUUACAAUGGCGAACGCUAAGAUUCAUGUCCUUUACGUGAAAGACACAUACAGAGGAUUCAACCUUGGUGGUUUCUUAUUUGUCUUGUGUACUACAUAUCUCCGAGAGCGCUACUGCAACUCUUUCAACCCGCAGCUUUCGAAUAGACCGAUUCUAAGAGGAAUUUCGUCUGUUCGGUGUUUGUUGGACGCCGAAGAAGAUGUCCGUCGACACGACAAACUAGUCCAAUUCUAUGAGCAUCUAGGUUUGAGACGACGAACAAGGGCAAAGACGGUUUUCAUCAACAACAACGAUGGAGAAACUUAUCGAAAAAUACCCAUGAAGAUCGAUCUUCGCGUCAAAAAUCGCGAAAUAGAACGAUCGAAAUGGAAGAUUAAUCACGGCGACCAUCACUUUGCUGCUGAGUACUCCUCAUUCUUGCCCGCUGUUCUAAAGUCAUCGUCGGGAGAAAGCGCCAGGUUGAACGAUAAAAGAAUUGAUUCAUGGUUGAUUAUGGAAUCCGGAGGUGGGAACAUACAGCUCCGCACCACAGACGGACGAAAACUGGAAAUGGAUCAGUGGGGCAAUUGCCGACUAGUUCCAGUCCACGAAGGUUCGUCUGGUUGUAGCACCAACACUGGUUUUGAUAGCUUCAAGCUUCUCCGUGUAUCGGACAUGCUAGACAAAGUCCUCUACGAUAAGGAGGAAGAAUACGAGGAAGAACGAUUCUGUUUACGAGACAAACUGCUUCGAGAACACCACCAUCAACAAAAAUACCAUUGGCUUGCCAAGAAAAAGGAACUGUGGAUGAUUCGUUCUUCGGUCUUUGGGACCUUCAUGAGAUUGACACAAUCAAAUGAUUUGUUCUUUUCCGAAGAAGCAUCGUUUUGGCAGGCGGAUGAUAAUUUUUGCCUCACGCACACCUACGACUCCCCGGCGAGACGACAACACCAUCGUCGCAUGUGGAUGAAGCAAAGUGUCGAUUACGUAACUCACAUGCGACAUCGCUAUUCCGAGUUUAAUCUCCAACGCAUGACCAUCGAGGAGGCCUUGAAUAUCACGAAAAACUUACAGGCGAACCCCUUCUCCAUAUCCAUGAGAAGGGAGCAAAAGGAUUUUAUUGAACGACUGAACACUCCCUCGCCACCCUCUUUUCGAACCUAUUUGUUUCAUACAGCAGAACUAGCGAGGAGGGAGGGUCACCCUGAUUGGGUGCAAUUUGUUGCCCUGAUUCAUGGCCUAGCCAGUGCAUUGACUUGCGUCCGUUCUAGUUCUGGUUCUAUUUUUCAAUCCGAAGAUUCGGUGACACAUGACGACCAGGACGAUUUCGACUGGACCAUUUAUGUCGACACCCGUAUAAUGGGAUGCAAGGCCUCGAUAAACUCCACCUUUGCAGAAUUUCGACACUUGAAUCCCGACAAGGGAGAUACAAGGUACAGCACGCGAACAGGAUUGUACCAAGAGCACAUCGGACUGGAACGGGUUCUGCUGAGCUGGACCGGGAGCGAUUACAUGUACUGGAUGCUGAAGCACAAUGGUGUAAAACUCCCCAGAGAAGCCUACGCAAUCCUAAAGCUUUUUCCGUUGGUGGAUUGGCACUCGAGGGGCGAGUACACCGCGCUUUCGAACGACGACGACGAAGAACUCAAGCCGUUUGUUGCCGACUUUUAUGACCUGCGGUAUAGAGCACACAUUUYAGUUCUUUCAAAYCCCGCCGUAGAAGAAAUGGGGGACGAAGAGUGCAGAGCGUUAUGGGCAAACCAUUACUCACUCAUUGCAAACAAAUACGGAGCUGGGAGCAUGCUCCGAUGGUAAAUGAGAUGUAACACUAUUGUUGGUUUUAAACGUCCAUAGAUUCCUAGAUUUUUGUCAAUAACGCACUGGUGAAUAGAAUGUGCCAUGCGUC